UCCCCGCACCGGCGGCGAUCCAGGUCACCGAGACGGCACCGAUCCAGCUCGUCCUCCCCCCCGCGGCUCCAGGAGGGUUACUCCAUUGCCUUGGCAGAGGAGGAUCUGCAGGGCAAGACAGAAGAGGAGAUCGAGAUGAUGAAGAUGAUGGGCUUUGCCUCCUUUGACACGACAAAAGGAAAGAAGGUGGAUGGUGCUGCAAACGCGUACGCCAUCAACGUGUCGCAGAAGAGGAAAUACAGGCAGUACAUGAACAGGAAAGGGGGAUUCAACAGACCCCUGGAUUUCAUCGCUUGA